UUUCUUGCUCAGCUUGUGAAAAUGGAGCCUUUGACAGCAGCAAACACACAGUUCUCCCUCGACCUGUUCAAGAAGAUCAGCGGAGGAAACGCAUCAGGAAAUGUGUUCUACUCUCCUGUCAGCAUCUCCUCGGCUCUGGCCAUGGUGUCGCUCGGUGCAAGAGGAAACACAGCGGCUCAGAUGAUUAAGGUCCUGGGCUUUAAAAACCCUCUCAAACCUGAUGCCGCGACUCCAGGACAUCAUGAUUCAGUGGACCAAAUUCAUUCCAGCUUCAAAAAGUUUAUGACUGAGCUGAACAAACCUGGAGUCCCGUAUGCUUUGAGUCUUGCCAACCGCCUCUACGGAGAGCAAUCCUACCAGUUUGUUGAGAAAUUCCUCAAUGACGCAAAAAGCUACUAUGAAGCCGGACUGGAGAAGGUGGACUUCAAGAACAAAUCAGAGGCUGCUCGUGUCAACAUCAACAAAUGGGUGGAGAAAAAAACACAAGGUGAAAUCCAGCAUAAACUUACUCUACAAAUAAUUCUCUGUGCCGUCAAUGCCCGGCGCCUUCCAGACUCCAUUCCUUGGAGGGCCUUGUACAGUUCAGCCACGCUCAAAGCACCAGAGAUUUCAGUAUUGACCUCUUCAGACACCUGGGGGUUUGUCAAUAGUCCCUCCAGACUCGGAGCGCAGAGCAUGAAUGACUCUGCUCUGACCGUUCUUUCUCUCCAAGUUAAAAAGAACCUGGAUGAGCAUCCAUUUGGUCCACACUCUGGAACCUCGACCUGA